AUGCCUAGAGAGUUUCGCGUAUCAGCUUUCAACGCGGUACACAGUGUCAAUCAUCCUGGCACGCGCACAACUAGAAAGAUGAUGCAACAUAGAUACAUAAUAUGGCAUGGAAUGAAUAAAGAUGUGACUCAAUGGACAAAGGAAUGUAUUAAUUGCCAGAAAUCAAAAAUUCUACGUCAUACAGUAUCUCCACAUGGACAUUUUAUUUUCAGUGAUAGAUUUGGUCAUUUACACGUGGAUAUAGUGGGACCAUUAAUUUACUGCGAAGGAUUCAGAUAUAUUGUUACCAUGGUAGAUAGGAAAACGGGUUGGCCAGAAGCUUAUCCUGUAAACGACAUAAGUGCUGAAACUGUUGCAGAUAUCAUGUAUUCAGGGUGGAUAUCAAGAUUUGGGUGCCCCAUACAUAUUACUACCGAUCAAGAAUCCACAUUUUUGUCACAAUUGUUUACACAUUUGACCAGAAGAAUGGGCAUAAAUAAAUUUAGAACAACAGCGUACCAUCCACAGGCGAAUGGCCUCGUAGAAAGAUGGCACAGGUCGCUUAAAGCUGCAUUAAUGUGCAGAGGGAGAACAAAACAUUGGGUAUCAGAAUUACCAACUGUUCUUAUGGGAGUAAGAGCAAGUUUAAGGAUGAUAUCAAUUCCAACGAAAGAGCAACGUCCGGGAAAAAAUUUUGUUCAACCAGAAUUGAAGACGUGUACACAUGUAUUUUACGUGUUGAUAAGGUCACUAAACCUCUUACUAAACCAUAUAUAG